AUGUCUGAAGCAAUAUCCUUCGGUGGCCAAAAUAGUGGCAUGCAGAUAGGGAAAAGCUACGGUCCGGUUACGGCUGAGUUUCAUCUUCCACCGGAUCUCAGUCAAGCAUUACCUAUUGCGCAUGAAGCAGCAUUCGACUCAUGUGUCCAUCAACACAAAGAUAAAUGUCUCGCAGGUACACGAACCGAUAUCAUCAACCAAAUCAAAGAGUGGGCCUCUUCCGAGUCACCACAUGCGAAAUGCAUAUUUUGGUUGAAUGGAAUGGCGGGCACUGGAAAAUCGACUAUCUCUCGAACAAUGGCGGAUUCAUUCAGUCAGGUCGAGUCACUAGGAGCCAGCUUUUCUUUGGGAGAGGUGAAGGGGACCGAGGGAAUUCCAGAAAGCUCUUCCCGACAAUCGCAAUGA